GUUCACUAUCAUGGGACGGGCUUUUAUCACCGUCAUGGGUGUUUGGUGCGACUCCCUUUAGAAAGGAAAACAGGAACACCAAGCCUGGGACAAUGGGGGUCAUAUUUCCUUAAAAAUGCAUUUAUUAUUUAUGACGUUUUUGGACUUAUAACAAAUAUCCCAAAGGUUCCCGGUUGAAGACUAGAGAUAUAGGUUUGAAAGGAGUGCAGAGGAAUGAUCGGUAAGGACAACUCCCGGUCAUACCAAGAGUUAAAUGAUGAUGACUGUGACACACAGUCUCCAGGCUUUUUUGACGAUGCCACUGAAGACCUGACAGACAAGGAGCUGAACGGCAGCAUCUCAGGAGAGGAUGACAUCAGGGAAAGCACUCCGUCGGUGAGGUUCAGUAAAACAUGCCUGAAGAAUUUCUUCACAGUGUUGCUUAUCCUAAUCUACGUGCUGCUGACUGCGGUGGCAGUUUUCCUGGCCUACCAGACAAUCUCUGAGUUUUUGCAGAAACUCAACCACCCGGUCAUGUCUGUUAACUACAAAGAGGUUGACUCAUUUUCACCGCCAGGUAUCGCUCUAUACCCCGGCAGUGCUCAGCUGUUGAGCUGUAGACAUCACCAACAUGACUACAUCCCUCCAUUAGUAGACCCAGGCAAGCCUCAAGAAGGAGACUGUGUGAUUGAAGAAGUGAAUUACUUGGGGCCAUUUACAAAUCAAACUGAGAAAAGAGCUCUGGUGGUCCGUGGCCCAUCUGAUGUCAGAAACAAAGAGUUGAUCUUCAUCCAGUUCAGUCAUAACGAAACACAAGAGGACUUCAGCGCCAUCACUUACAUGCUUUUUGCCAAGUUUAGUGACUUGACUGACAGUGCAAAUAAAUCUGAGUUUAUGAGGGAUUGUGAGAGGAAUUACUCCACGUGGACCAUCUCUGGAGGAUUCAGAACCUGGGUCAAGAUGUCUUUAGUGACGACGUUUGGGAAAAGCAAUGAAGCCGUCGCGUUUCGGCAAGAGUCAGCUGUAGUGAAAUUCAAUGACAAAAGGCCUGAAUCAGAGAAACUCAAUCAGCUCUUCUUUGCUGUCUUUCAAUGGCGGGAUCCGUUUAUGCAAGAGAUAAGACUGAUAGUGACUGCAAAUCCCUGGAGCUCUGUAGCCAUUCUCUGUGGUGUCUUCAUGGCUCUCUUCAAGGCUGCUAAUUUUGCCAAACUCACUAUUCAGUGGAUAAUCAAGAUGCGUAAGAGGCAUCUGAGGAAUAAAGAACUGAAGCAAAUAAACUGACAUGCUUUGCAGAAAAGCACUGACACAAUCUGAAAAGAUCCAAAUCAUCCAAGUAAUUGAUGUGAGUUUUAUUUUUGAUGAUUGUGUUUUUUGAGGUCACUAAGGUCACUACUGGAACCAUUUUGUAAUCACUGGAUAGGUAUCAACACUAAGGAAUGUUUAUCCCUAAUGUAACAGACAGAGAGUGUCUGCUCUUAGUGAAUAAUACUUCUAAGAUUAAUCAUCAAAAAUGGCCAGUUCAACAAGAUUUUUUAGUUGUUGUUGCAUUUCAAAAUAAGAGGCAUCUCAUAAAUGUUUUCUUAAAUAUUCCUGGAAAUGCAGUUUUUGUACACACAUAAAAGAAAAUGUUGCUGAAAGCUGAUACUUAAAAUGUUUUUUGUGGUCUGAGAGCUUUUGAAAGGAUACUUAAACAUAUGGCUGUUUCAGGUGUAAAACUGAGAAAAUGUGAAUUUAGGAUUUUGGAUUAUUUCUCCUAUGAGAUUUUUCUAAAGGGAAUAUUUUAUAGAUUUUAUCUUUGUGUCCAACAUUUUUAACGAAAAUAUCACAUUCAUGUCACAAAGUAUUACAAGUGUGUUGAUAACUCUAAAGGGAUUGCCAUGAACUACUUUUCUUCUAUCAGAAUGAUUUUCUGUUUAUUUUGUAAGGUAAAUCUGUCCUGCCCCAACUUUGACUGCUGUUGGUUUUGUUAGAUUUUAACAUAAUGUAACAAAUUGUUGUUAAAUUUUACUUGAAUUGUCUUAAUUUUGUUGUCAUUCAAUAUUGUAUCCCACACAAUAUGUUUUUAGAGAUUUUGGAAAAUAAAGAAAUAUUUUUAUGCUUGAA